AUGGAAGUAACCGUGGAUGAUGUCAUGGUGCACGUCUCGGCCGAGGAGAAGCACACCUCGCCCGACUACAUGGACACCAGAGACGGGGAAAAACGUAGCCGCUCUUCUUCCUCAUCAUCGUCGUCCUCCAGCGACAAAGAAGAGCAAAAAAGUCAAGAGGAUGUGGAGGCCAAAGAGGUAUUGGCGAUAGAGAAGACUGCCGUCCAUGAGACCAAAGCAGAGGAGGUGAAUGGCGGAUCCAGACGCUCCUCUUCCUCCUCCUCCUCCUCCUCCUCAUCCUCCCGGGGAGCAGACAACGCCGAGGAUGGGAUGCUGAUGGCUUACAAGCACCAUGAGUCUGACUCCGAGGUGGCAAAGGAGAAGGAUUUGGUGGACUACAGCAUCAAGACAUUGGAGAACGUUGUCCUGGAUCAGAGUGCCCUCGCUCCGGUCGAUCCCGAGCAUCCUGAGAUCUCACUUUACGUCAAGGCGGGCAGCGAUGGUGAGAGCAUCGGCAACUGUCCUUUCUCUCAGCGCCUCUUCAUGAUCUUGUGGCUCAAAGGUGUCGUCUUUAACGUCACCACCGUGGACCUCAAGAGGAAGCCGGCGGACCUGAACAACCUGGCACCUGGCACCCAUCCGCCAUUCCUGACCUACAAUGGUGAUGUCAAAACAGAUAUCAACAAGAUAGAAGAAUUUCUCGAAGAAAUGCUGGCACCUCCAAAGUACCCCAAACUGUCAGCUAAGCAAAGGGAGUCCAACACAGCAGGCAAUGACAUCUUUGCCAAGUUCUCCGCUUUUAUCAAGAACACCAAGAUGGAUGCCAAUGACGCCUUGGAGAAAGGGUUGACAAGGUCCCUGAAAAAGCUGGACGACUACCUAAACAGUCCGCUGCCUGACGAGAUUGACAGCAACAGCAUGGAGGAAGAAAAGACAUCCAGAAGACGCUUCUUGGACGGAAACGAACUGACACUGGCCGACUGCAACCUGCUGCCCAAAUUGCAUAUAGUCAAGGUAGUGGCCAAGAAGUACCGCAACUACGACAUCCCCUCGAAUAUGACUGGCAUCUGGCGUUACCUGAAGAAUGCUGCCGCCCGUGACGAGUUCAACAACACGUGCGCCGCCGACUCCGAGAUCGAGAUGGCCUACAAGGACGUGGCCAAGAGGCUUGCCAAGUAG